CUUUGAUGCUUGUGCAGUACAAGACAAAGAAACGGCCUUGCUUGACGCCCCUAGCUUGGACCCAUACAAAUGCAAGCCCGAAGAUAUUCAUAGCCUGUCACAGUCAUAGAGACUUGACAUUGAUCGAACGAGGCUGAAGCCUCGUUCGCGGCGAAGUGCCAUUCCCUGUGGCGCAUAGGGUAGGGAGCGUGCUCACACUGCCUUGUGUUCCUCUUUAUACAGCAUUAGAUAUGUUUUUCUUGGUCCUCAUUGGGUCCUUCACAGCGAUUUCUGCCGCAUCAUCGACAGGUGUCGUCAACUUGGCGCGCCGAGACUGGGAUGUGAAUCAGAUCAAUUCAACUUGGUGCUCAUGGAUGCUACCUCGGGCGGCAGUGAUUCGGGAUACCCUCUAUAUCGAUGGAGGCUUUAGAUCCUAUCUAAGCGGCUUCGCAAAUGGAAGCGUCGCACCAGAUCAACAAUAUGAUUCUUCGCAAUUCUACACCCUGAACUUUUCUCGACCAUUCAAAACUUCAGAUAAUGCCAGUGACACUUUUGAGAUGAUAAACAAGACAGCAGGUGCAAGCAAUAACCUUGCUCCCGAGUUCUUGGACGGAAUGAUGUUCGCCAAUGACGGCGAGCUUUAUCUUUACGGUGGUCUGCUUCGGGACACGGACAGUAUGAACCCACCGUCAGAGAGCUACGUACUGGGAUAUGAAAGAUAUCAAUGGGGUCCAGAGAGAGAAGCUUGGAGCAUUGGAUUUUACGAGGGCACUCUUCCGCCCAAUGUGACAAGAUACGUCACUGCCGGGGCGGGUGUCAACAUCCCCUCAGAAAACCUGGGUUUCUACUUCAGUGGCAUGAGACGGCCAGACUGGGGAGAGAUCAGAACAUUGGGGAGGCGGGAAUACAAUGCAACUGUGGCGGCGAACUCUUUGAUUUCAGUUGACAUGUCAACCAUGCGCGCCGAGAAGUGGUCGAACGAUACAUUGCCUUCACAAGUAUCUGGGAGAGCCAAUGCUGAGCUAGCAUGGAUCCCUGUCUCGGAUCGUGGCGUCUUACUUGCAAUAGGAGGUGUUGUGAAUCCUGAAUGGGCAUUUAUAGCGGAGAGCGAUGCGCAGAAGAUUCAGAAUCAAUACAUCAGUCCACAACUUAUGAGCACAAUAUCAGUUUACGACGUAAAUACUCAGAGAUGGUUUUCACAAAACGCUAGCGGCGAUAUUCCGCCCCAACUGACUCAAGCCUGCUCCGUUGUGGCCUCAGCAAAGGAUGGCUCGUCCCAUAAUAUCUACCUCUAUGGCGGCUACAGUGGACUUCCUGAUUCCGAAACCGCUUCUGAUGACGUUUAUAUUCUUUCGGUCCCGUCUUUCGUUUGGGUGAAAGCAUACAAUGGAAGCGGUUCCCAUGGCCGGCAAGGCCAUCGAUGUGCGAAGCCUUAUCCGGAUCAGAUGUUAGUAAUUGGGGGCUCACCGAUGGAAGGCACAUAUGCAGAUUGUGUAGAAGACGGUGUGAUCCAGAUCUUUAAUUUGAACACUUUGAUGUGGCAGGACAGUUAUGAUCCUUCCGUUUGGACAGAAUACGAGGUUCCCGAUAUCGUCACGGCUCAGAUUGGCGGAAACAUUAAUGGGAGUGCUACACGACUGAGUCCAGCAGCCUGGGACAAUAGCGACCUUUCGGGUCUGUUCAGCACCAAAUACACCAAGACAAUCACCACGUAUUACCCAUACCCAUCAAUUAACGAGACCUCUACGCCGGCUCCUCCUCAUACAAACAUCACAAUAGCGUCGCCGUCCAAGUCCCAUAAUGGCGUCCCCAGUUGGGCUGCGGCCGUGCUGGGAGUAAUUCUUGGCCUUGUCUUUUUGAUAGCCAUCAUAACAGCCAUCCUACUUUGGCGGCGCCGGCGGUACCUGAGAAUGUACGGAAGCAGCACUGGUACGAUGAGCAACCGGCAGCGCAUUCUCAGCUGGAUGAGUGGGACGCCGCCAGCCAAGGCGCCCACGGUAACGACAACUGAAGAGACGUCUGGCCGGCGGACGACUGUUACAAGCACCACUGAAGAUGUCUCCACGGUUAGGGACGCGGAACCUCCCCAGGAAGCUGCCAGCAGCCAAGUUCAUGAGUUGGCAGAUACAUCAGUGCCGUCAGAACUACCGUCGCCAGGAAGCGAGACUGAAAAGAACGGUUCGCAUUUCUUUGGUCCACGCCCACGAGCUAAUUCUCCUGCGGAUGGUUUACCGCUGCCCGAUUCUCCCACUACUGGGGUUGGAAAUCCAGUACCAAACCCAGCAGCAUUUCAUCCAGCAUAUUUGGAUCAAGCAAGCAAGGCAGGUAGACCAGAUGCAAUAUCAUCCCCUUCGCCGAGAAGUGAAGGUGGUAGUGCAAAGCAUAUCUCGAGUGAUGAAUUUGUCAGCCCUAUAUCGCCCAAGGAAGAAGAACGUAUAGGGAAAGCAGAAGAAGAGGCUGCCAUCGGCAGUCAACGGAGGCCAACUUGGCGCCAAAGCAGCUUUGGUGAAGAUUUAGAAUGACGAGGCGAAUAACCUUUUGUGUAAUUAGUUUUACCUGGAUCAACUUAUAUACAAUAUUGGCCAACUUAGAUAGCAUAU